UUCGUGGACGGCCGGGUUUAGUCAACUGUCAUUGUAGCUGUGAACGUGUUGGGACGUGUUUACUGCUGUUUCGAAGGUCGUGUUGUGUUAGGUGUAACAACGAUGGCAAACAACAGAGCAACAAAAUCUGGUUUCGCUGCUGAGGCUCAGAGAAAGAUAAACAGCAAGUACAGUGAAGAGCUCGCCCAGGAAUCGCUGGAAUGGAUCAAGUCCAUUACCCAAGAGGACUUCAGCAUUUCGGGUGACAUGGAUAACUUCUAUGAGAUCCUCAAGGAUGGAACCUUGCUUUGCAGGUUAGUAAACUGCAUCAAGCCAGGAUCAGCGAAGAAAAUUAAUCAAAGCACUAUGGCGUUUAAGUGUAUGGAAAACAUCAACGUGUUCCUCGAAGCAGCCAGAGAUCUGGGUGUUCCACCUCAAGAAACCUUCCAGACCGUAGAUUUGUGGGAACGGCAAAAUCUGAACUCGGUCGUCAUCUGUCUGCAGUCUCUCGGCAGGAAGGCCGGUAAUUUUGGCAAGCCUAGCAUCGGCCCGAAGGAAGCCGAGAAGAACGUUCGCAACUUCUCCGAAGAACAGAUGCGUGCAGGCCAAGGCGUGAUCAGUCUUCAGUAUGGCAGCAACAAGGGGGCCAACCAGAGCGGCAUAAACUUUGGCAAUACCAGACACAUGUAAAUGCCGCUUCGUCCUAACCAGACAGACUAUUGGCUGUUGCUCUCUGUGCACCAGCGACUGGCGUUUAUUGCACGUGGACUCAAAUCAUUCGCUGAGUGAGGACUCUGUAUUAUUAAACACUGUGACCCUGGUGCUCGGUGAAUGAGGUUCAGCCAAUAGCCUGGCUUGCCAUCUGAAAUAAAGGGGGAUUCUGGUGGAAGUAGGACGCGAGGAAGGAGUGGAAUUGAUAUUUAUAAUUAAAAAUGCACAAAUUCUCUCUUGUGCCAAUAAAUAAACAAACAUGUUAGUGAUGUGAGCAAAAUGAGGAUGUUCUUGCAAUAUUCGACAAGAUAUUUAAAAACUAAAUGAAUAGUCUUAGUAUUUUGUACAAAAGUCCUUUGCCAGAUCUAAGGGAUGGCCUUUUUUUUUCUCUCCCAUAGAUACCAUGAGCCACCACAAUGUCUUCUAUGUCUUACAUUUCUGAACAUUCCUUGAAAAUUGGGUGGGUCGAUUUGUUGAUAUUUAUCUUCACUUUCAAUCAGUGACGAACUUCUGUUGCUAUGUUGCAUUGUAUAGUCUAUAUUUGUAAGGUUUCUAGUUACCUAUUAAAUAUGAGCACUAUUUUUAAUUAGAAGCCGUUAAAAUGAUGGUAAAGACCUUAAGAAUGUUGGAACAGUUAAAAAUUUCACAUAUUUUACUAUGAAUGUAAGUUGAAAUAUAAAUCUCUUCAUAUAACUUUCUUUUGUGAAAUGUAUAAUUUAUGUAAUUGGAAAAUAAACAUUAAUUUUAC